UCGGUCCAGUCAACUUGGACCAUAUGCAGCAUUCAGAGAAGUCGCACAGUUGAAACUUUGAGUCAGUUUCACUACUUAAAUCAGAGCAGGACUAUCUAAACAUGGUGUUUCCUUUUCUGAAAUGCGGACCUGUCUGAUACCUGCCUGCAUCUUUGUGAAGAAAGGGACCUGACUUCCAGCAAGUCAUUUUCUGGAUCAUCAAGCAGGAGUUUUACUAAAAUGAGUACGCUAUUGAUCUGCGUUUUUCUGAUGUGCUCGUAUGGAUCUGGGUUCGCUGAGCUGGAAAAUUGCGACGAGGUGCAUAAAGUUUUUCACCUGAGGCAAAUCGGACCCAGUCAUGUUUUGCCUUCAGGUCCUGUAUCAGGUUCUAAUCUUCAGGUGUGCACCUCCAAAACCUUGACGUGCUGCACCAAAAAGACGGAGGAGAAGUACCAGGUGGCGGCCCGGCGAGACGUCCAAAACCUCCUGCAGAGCCACAGCUCCAGCCUGAAGCUUCUCCUGUCCCGCUACGUGGCUGCUUUUCAAGAGACCUUUGAGGUUCUGAUGAGGCAGGCCGAGAAUCACACCAACAAAGUCAUCCAGGUGUCUUAUCAGAAAAUAGCUGAUGCUGCUGCUGCCUCAGUGAGGGAACUCUUCACCGAUGUGAGUCUCUUCCUGCUGGGUUCCGAGCUCAACGUUGAUGAGUUUGUGCAACGCUUUUUCGACGCACUCCUCCCACUGGUCUACAAUAACUAUAUAAACCCAGGAGGCAGUAACCCAUCACCAGGCCAUGAUGAGUGUGUGAGGUCACUUAACCGCAUUAUCAAACCGUUUGGUGCAGCUCCGAGCCUCCUCGCUGAUCAGAUUGCUACCUCUGGGGUCUCUGGGAAGCUACUACUGCAGGCUCUGCACCUUGGCAUCGAGGUCAUUAAUACCACAGACCACUUACAGCUGAGCCGUGAAUGCAAACGGGCCCUGCUCAAGAUGCAAUACUGUCCUCACUGUCAGGGCAUAACACAUUCCAAGCCCUGCAUGGGCUACUGCCUCAACAUCAUGCGGGGGUGUCUGGCGAGCAUGGCGGAGAUCGACGCUCACUGGAGGGAGUUUGUUCGCUCACUGGAGGGACUGUCAGCUAGGAUGCAUGGAGCUCAGGAUUUGGAGCAAGUGCUUCUCGGAGCUCACACAAUGCUUCAUGAUGCUAUCAGGCAGGCUCAGAAGAAUGGAGCUCGCCUCUUGGCACAGGUUCACAAACUGUGCAGCCCACCAAUCAGGACGCCCGCGCAGUCGUUCAGCAUCCAGGACACAAACACCAGGGUCUCCAUCCCGCUCAAAGCCCUGAACAGGAGAUCAGAAGAUUCACUGUCUGUCAUGAGAAAGGACUUUCUGAAGAACCUUCGUGCAUUCAGCACUUUCUACGGUGGCCUGGCAGAUCACAUGUGUCUGCAGGAGCUUUCGUCUGGUGACGGGGUGCCCUGCUGGAAUGGAACCAACAUUGUAAAGAGCUACACACGGCGCGUAGUUGGGAAUGGAGUCAGGGCCCAGAGUACCAACCCUGAAGUCAAAGUGAAAGGAGAAGACCCUGUGAUAAACCAGAUCAUUGACAAACUGAAACACAUCAAUCAGUUGCUGCAAGGUAAGACGAUCCCUAAACUUGGCUCCCUGGACCAGAUUGAAGCAGGAAGUGGGGAUUCAGAAGGGCGUUACAGCGGUGACUGUGAUGAUGAGGAUGGGUGUGCAGGUUCAGGUGGGAGUGAGAUUACCAGGAAAGUCUCCAAACUGAGUCCAGAUGUGACCGGUGAUUACAAACAUCAUCAUUAUCAUCAUCCACCUGCCAAGGACUCAAAUAUAAAUGGAAACUCUCACAGCCUCAGACUGACUGGAGUUAUCUGGGUCCUAGCAUUACCCUGCUUACAAAUGAUCCUGGACUUAUAACAGCUGUCUCUUUGCCCCAUUAAAGAUUGAAUUUAGAUAUUUAGUUUGUCUGCCCUAAGAUGAAAAAGCCACUGGACGUCAUUGGCUGUGAUAUACCACCUUGGACACAACCUCUACUGAGCUAAAUGUAAGACUGCAUAUCAUGGCUUUAAGAAAUCAGUUAUUUUUGAUAAGUUAAGAUUGGAUAAGGUGAGGUGGACAUUUCUAAAUGCUUAUAAUGACUUAUUUAUGAAAGGAAGCAUAAGAAAAUACCUAUGCUAUAAAUGUAUGGUCUAUAAUAAGUUACAUUACUGUACAUUAAGUAAAUACUCUGUAAAUAUGUAUGCACUACUGUACUUCUGCAAAACUUAGUAGUGUGCAGAUUGUUUUAAAAAGGAAUUUAUUUCUUCUGCAGUUGAAAUAUUUGUAUAUGGUGAAAAUGCGUU